AUGCCCGUCCAGUUCCCGCACCUCUUCACAGGCGGCCGCCGGCCCUGGACCCGCAUUCUGCUGUACGGGCCGCCGGGCACGGGCAAGGCCAUGUCGGAGCUGUUCGCCCAGGCGGGCCGGCUGCCGGGCCGUGCCGUGGUGUUCGUCGACGAACUGGACGGGCUGUGUCGCGUGCGCUCGGGCCGCGAGGAGGAGCACACGCGCCGACUCAAGACGCACCUGCUCGCUGCCCAGAGACGGCUGAUCGAGCUGCACCUGGCCGGCACGGCCACCAGCCUGACGGAGUCCGACUGGCGCGAGCUGCUGUCCGCCACCGACGGCCUCUCCGGCUCAGACCUGGCCGAGCUAACGCAGCACGCGCUCUAUCAGCCCGUGCGCGAACUGGAGGCGGCGCACAGCUGGCGCCGUCUUGGCGACGGUGAGGCGACGGACGCCGCCGCGCCAGUGCCGCCGGCUCGCCGGCGUGUAGGCGCGAUCGGUCCCGGUGCGCGCUCGGCGCCCGGCUGA